AUGGAAUCCGGUCCGGCCAUCGAAUCGCAAAAAUCGUCCCCGCAGACGGAUUCUCCCAACGACACCGAUAAGGAAGAUUUAGAGCUCAAACCUCAACAGUCAAAUUCAUAUCAUCUUCCACUAUGGCGCAAAUGCCUCAUUCUCUUCACGGUCAGCUGGAUGACUCUCGCCGUCACUUUCUCCAGUACCUCGCUACUGCCCGCCACUCCGGAGAUCGCGUCUGAUUUCUCUACAACCACGGAGAUUCUCAAUGUGACUAAUGCCGGCGUGCUAAUUGCCAUGGGAUUCUCGUCUUUCAUCUGGGGCCCGAUCAGUAACAUCUUCGGCCGCCGAAAUGCCUAUAACGUGGCUAUCCUCGUGCUAUGUGGCUCUUCAGCUGGCACUGCCGCAGCGAUCAAUCUGCACAUGUUUAUUGGAAUGCGCUUGAUAGGCGGCUUUACUGGAACCUUUUUUAUGGUGGCUGGCCAGACCAUUCUGGCCGAUAUUUUCGAGCCGGUUAGCCCGUGUAUCGGCGGCAUUAUUGUCACCUUCGCCCACUGGCGUGUCAUCUACUGGCUUCAAUUUGCAAUGACUUGCCUUGGCCUGAUUCUUUCCCUGCUCUUGGUGCCAGAACUUCGAACCCUGAAGUCUACUGAAGGACUCACCAAGCGUGAGAGACUUUUGGCUGUCUUGCACCAGUUUAACCCGCUUCGCAUCUUCCUAAUGUCUGAUAUUCCACUAACACGAAGCCAGAAUCUCACCUGCGGCCUCCUCUCCACCUUUCAGUAUGGGCUCCUCACUUCUGCUCGCUCCAUCUUCAACCCACGGUUCCACUUGACCACACCUCUCGUCAGUGGUUUGUUCUAUCUUGCUCCAGGAAUUGGUUUUCUACUUGGCAGCGUCAUUGGCGGCAGGUUAUCCGACCGCGCUGUGAGACGAUGGAUCCGCAAACGCAACGGCGUGCGAUUACCUCAGGACAGACUCAACAGCGGGCUUGGUACGCUGUUUGGUGUCCUGCCAGCUGCAAUUCUCAUAUACGGCUGGUCGUUGCAGGAGAAAAAAGGCGGCAUGCCUCUGCCCAUUAUCAGUGCGUUCUUUGCCGGCGUGGGCCUGUUGGGUGCAUUUAAUGGACUGAAUACGUAUUCUGCUGGUGAGUGCUGUAUUUGA